AAUCAUGCGUCUCAUGCUUGUGUUGUAAACAGAGACGUGAAUUCAGCUGGACACGCAGUUCGAGAAUAUUAAUGGACAAUUCUCCGAACAGAAUGAGAAUUUGUCCGAUUUGAAUUCUAUAGUCGUACGUUUAAAGGCUACGAAAAGCGGGCGCGUCUCUGUCAUGGAGCUGAACGGUUAUGUCUGUGACAGUGAGGCUAACGAUAAGGAGACACAGCCGCUCCAUCACAGGGCCGAAGUGCCUGGUACCGCUACAGUGGAUAUGGAGCGCAGUCCUGCCGCAGGAGGCGCUCACCGAGAGCGUCGAGUGUCGUACUCGAGGUCGGGGAGACAGAGGAUCGACUCGCUGAAGAAAAACAGGCCGCGUACGUGUUCCCGUUUUGGCUCUAGCAUUAGCAAGCUAGCUACACAGCAUCGGGGUGUUAUUUCUCACAAUAAACAUAAAGUUACAGCUUUCCCGUGGUUUGGCAUGGACAUAGGUGGUACUUUGGUAAAGCUGGUUUACUUCGAGCCCAAAGACAUUACAGCAGAAGAAGAGCAGGAGGAGGUUGAAAGUCUGAAAAGUAUCCGCCAUUACCUCACCUCAAACACAGCCUAUGGCAAAACGGGCAUCCGAGAUGUGCACCUCGAACUGCCCGACCUGACCCUGUGGGGGCGUAGGGGCAGUUUACAUUUCAUUCGCUUUCCCACACAAGAUCUUCCUGCUUUCCUGCAAAUGGCCAGAGACAAGCAUUUUUCCAGCCUGCAUACCACCCUCUGUGCCACUGGUGGGGGCGCAUACAAGUUUGAGGCUGAUUUCCGAACAAUGGCAGACCUGCAGCUUCUGAAGCUGGACGAGUUUGACUGUCUGAUUAAGGGUGUCCUUUAUAUUGACUCAGUGGUCUCAUGUGGGCCUGCUGAAUGUUACUACUAUGAAAACCCCACCGGCACGGAGCAGUGUGAACAGAAAGCCUACAAUCUGGAAAACCCUUACCCUCUGCUCUUGGUUAACAUCGGCUCAGGGGUCAGCAUACUGGCGGUCUAUUCCAAAGACAACUACAAAAGAGUCACUGGUACCAGUUUGGGUGGUGGUACUUUCCUUGGACUGUGUUGCUUGCUCACUGGCUGCUCAACUUUUGAAGAGGCGUUGGAAAUGGCUUCAAGGGGGGAAAGCACUUGUGUGGAUAAACUGGUCAAAGAUAUUUAUGGGGGUGACUAUGAGAGAUUUGGCUUGCCAGGAUGGGCCGUUGCUUCUAGUUUUGGGAGCAUGAUGUCCAAAGAAAAGCGUGAUUCUGUCUCAAAAGAGGAUUUGGCUAGAGCCACACUUGUCACCAUCACAAACAACAUUGGUUCAAUCACACGCAUGUGUGCACAAAAUGAGAGCAUUGAGAGAGUGGUGUUUGUUGGGAACUUCUUGCGGGUGAACACACUAUCCAUGAAGCUACUGGCGUAUGCGUUGGACUACUGGAGUAAUGGACAGCUCAAAGCUCUUUUCCUCAGACACGAGGGCUACUUUGGUGCUGUUGGGGCGCUGUUGGAACUGUUGAACUCAUCUUGAUCAUUGCCGUCAUCUGAAGAGUACUACCAAAAUUCUCAGUAACUCAGGGGUUUCACCACAGACACCUUGACACUCUGGUUAUUAUCCCAUGAGCAAAAGUAACGAUGCAUAUAUUAUCAAUGGACAUUGUGUAAUAUAGUGGCUGUGUAAUUAGGUCAUCUGUUAGUUUUAUAAUGGAUAGCCCUUACUAUAGCUCUGAUCCCAGGGUAUUGGCUCAGGUAAAACAUUUAGCUUUUGACUUAUUAUUUUGGAUCGUACAACAAACAAACCCUUAUGAGCCAUGAUAUAUAAGGAUACACACACUAGAGAGCAUGCUAUGUAAUAUUUUGUAAAUGUUUUAAGCAUUUCAAUUAAUAAUGUCCAAAGGCGUGAUGGAAUUCCCAUAUGUAAUAUGAUUAGAGACCAAGUCAGGGCAGUCAGUACUUUUCCUGUGUAUUGUGUAGGCACACGUUUCUGUAGGUUCAGAAGCCAUCUUUACAUCCUUCUAUCAUAUUUUUUCACAAUUAUAUAUAUGCAUUUCAAGAAAUUGUUAAAUUACAUAUAGUGUUUUAGACAUGUAUUUUUCUGUAGAUUUAUAAAUAUAAAAUACAGGCAGAAUGAUGUUUUUUUAAUUGAACAACUUAUUUUACAAAGGAAACAUAAAGGGCUAUACACAGUAAAAAUAUUACAUGAAGGAAACAUGGUCCAUCAACUUUUACAUAUCUAGUCUGUAAAUGGAGGUAGAUGUACCUUGCCUCCUAGGGAGCAAAUUUUCAUGCAUUUCUAGUGUGUAUUAAAGAAUUUCAUAGAAGUUUGGACCUUCAACUAUCUCCGGACUAAUCAAAGACAAGGUCUUGACAGGGAUUGUGGGCCAAUACUGUUUUCCUUUUACCUCACAGUACAACUGUAAGAAUGUUUUUUUCCCCCCAACCUUUUUGGUACAUUUAAUUAUAACAUCAUAAAUAUAUAUUAAACAGUUUCUUCUGUAUGUCCUACAGUAUGCUGUAUGUCAUGAAAAGUGCCUAAAUAAAAGACAAUCCUCUGACAAAGCUGUUCAAAUGACAUUGAUUGCCAUCAGAUAUGAUCUUGAAAGGUGAUUUACAGGGAAUGUAUUGAGACCCACCGUUGUACUGUUUGUUAUCUACUUUUAUAAUACAAAUAUUUCAAUCCUG